AUGUCGAAGCAGCUACAAGUCGAACUCACAGCGCCAAAUGGCCAUCGUUACACCCAGCCUCUGGGACUUUUCAUAAACAAUGAAUGGCACCCGUCGUCAAAUGGCGGCGUCAUCACAAGUAUAAAUCCAUCCAACGAACAAGCCAUCGCCACAGUCGAAGCCGCCUCAGAAUCCGACAUCGACAAAGCCGUAAAAGCAGCCCGCAAAGCCCUCCGCGACCCAUCAUGGAGCGAGAUGUCCGGCACCGACCGCGGCAAGCUGAUGCGACGGCUCGUCCAGCUCAUAGAAGAGAACCGCGAAACGCUGGCAACGAUCGAGGCAUGGGAUAACGGCAAACCCUACUCGGUCGCGCUGAAUGAAGACCUCGUGGAAACGUCGGAGACGCUGCUGUACUAUGCUGGGUACGCGGAUAAGAUCUUCGGACAGGUCAUUGAGACGACGCCGGCGAAGUUCGCAUACACAGUUCGCGAGCCGGUGGGUGUUUGUGGGCAGAUUAUACCAUGGAACUACCCCCUCUCAAUGGCAGCAUGGAAGCUCGGCCCAGCUCUAGCAUGCGGCAACACAGUCGUGUUGAAGCCCGCCGAGCAAACGCCACUCUCCAUCCUCUUCGUCGCCACACUCAUCAAAAAGGCAGGAUUCCCCCCGGGCGUAAUCAACAUCGUAAACGGCUACGGCCCCGUCGCCGGCGCCGCCCUAGCCACACACAUGGACGUCGACAAAGUGGCGUUUACAGGCUCAGCCGCGACCGCGAAGCAAAUCAUGAAGCUCGCAAGCAGCAACCUGAAGUCCAUCACCCUCGAAGCAGGAGGCAAGAGUCCGUUGCUCGUGUUCAACGACGCGGACUUGGAUAACGCGGUGGAGUGGGCACACAUAGGCAUCAUGUCGAACCAGGGCCAGAUCUGCACCGCGACGUCUAGGAUCCUCGUACAGAGCGACCUCUAUGACAAAUUCGUGGCGGCGUUCCGCGCGCGCGUGAAAAGCGUGUCGAAAGUCGGGGACCCGUUCGACGCGCAGACGUUCCAGGGUCCACAGGUGACGAAAGCGCAGUACGACCGCAUCAGAUCGUACGUCGACAUCGGGAAGGACGAAGGCGCGACGUUGGAGAUGGGCGGCGAGCGACCGACAGCUGCAAACAAAGGCUUCUUCAUCGAACCGACUGUCUUCACGGGCGUGUCGCCAACGAUGCGGAUCUUCCAGGAGGAAGUGUUUGGACCCUUCGUUGUUAUCGGCCGGUUCGAGUCGGAAGACAAGGCGGUGGAAUUGGCCAAUGACACGCAGUACGGACUCGGAGCCGCCGUUUUUACGACGGAUUUGACGAGGGCGCAUCGCGUGGCGAGGCGGAUCGAGGCGGGUAUGGUGUGGAUUAAUUCGAGCAAUGAUAGCGACUGGCGCAUUCCAUUCGGGGGCGUCAAGGCCAGUGGGAUUGGGAGGGAACUGGGUGAGGCAGGUUUGGCGGCUUACUCGAACAUCAAGGCUAUCCAUGUGAACAUGGCUGUACGAUCGAAAUUAUAG